AUGAGCCUUCGAAACCUCCCCCUCAUCCCAUUUUCAAGAGCGUUACUCUGGGUUCUUCUGUGCCUCUCCUCCAUGUGCCUGCACAUGAGCUACAACUCCGUCGUGUAUUCCUCGACCCCGACAAAUGAAUACAUUCGAGUACUGAGUCCUCAGAAUUUUUCCAGUCUGGACCUUUCCAGUGUCGCACCAGAUCACGGGCUUGAAACGUGCAGCGGCUUUGACGUCCUAUUAGUCUCGCAGCUCCAGGAAAAAGCGAACGCCGAUCAAUUGAAAAGGAUGAAGAGCAUAGAUUGCUACAAUAUCUACAAUUCUUCGAUCGUUUCUCACUAUGGCAACGUACUAGUAAUACUCAACAUGACUGGCGAGAAAUUUUUCACAUCCGGCUCGGUCUUUCCCGAUGCCCCAAACGAAUUCGAAAGCACCACUGAGGAUCCAGACGAAUCCAAAGACACCACCGAUAAAUGUAGCGGUCUUGAGGAGUGGGCAGCGAAUUCGUCCAGUCCUAUUGACCACUCCACAUCGACUAUAAAGAAUGAGUUGUUUCAGGACGGCGAGUGGAUAUACUCUUUGGGAAGUCCUGCACAACAUUAUCCGGUACUCUUCUGCUUGUCAGAAUACCGUGAUGACAAUGAGGAAAUAUGUACGGUGCACGUUAGCGUCCCAUUGCUACUAAUAACGCUUGGUCUCACUUCCUUAAAAACGCUGUUUAUGCUUGGCCUCCUUUUUCUUAUUAAGGCACCCCCACUCCUAAGCACUGGCGACGCUGUGGCCUCUUUCCUCGACAGAUCUGACGAAUGGUCGAAGAAGAGUAGCUUGUUGAGCAAGUCGAUAGUCAAGAAGACGGAGAGUGUCAACCGUGGAUGGCAGAUACCACCUCAGAGAUACAAAUCAAAGCGUCUGCAAUGGCAAAAGGUGACAAGUACACUUCGGCGAGCGUCUUUCCUCCUCUGGGUCGAAGGCGGCUUGAUCGUGGCGAUGACAUAUUCCGGGAAGACUACUUACAUAUCCGGCACCAACACCAUCUCGAACAACAGCAUCAUUGCUAAUGUAGUUCGCUCCAACGCUCUUCAAAUCUACGGUUCCGCGCUAUUUUUCCUUUUCAACGGAAUAAUUACCAGCGUGGUCCUAGCUGAUGAAUGGAGCCGGUAUGGAGUUCGCCGACGGGGUCUUCGCGUCUCAAGUAACCCUCAAGGCUCACAGCGCAGCACUUACUUCCUGUCCCUUCCAUAUCGAUGGUCAGUGCCCCUUUUGGUUGUCUCUGGGCUCCUCCAUUGGCUCCUCUCGCAAUGCCUCUACUUCAUCAGCGUGGAGGUUUGGGGUUACCAGUCCUCAGGCACCGAUCUUACCCGUGUAAGAUUACCCAGCAAAGACUUUAUCACAACAGGCAUUUCAAAACGUCCUGUCUACGGCAUAGUGGCGCUUUUUAGUUUCAUGAUUAUUGCGAUCAGCUUCGUUUUCACGAGAUUUACGAUUAGGUCGGAGAUGCCGAUUGCAGGAAGUUGUAGUGCUGCGAUUGCCGCAGCCUGUCACCCCGGAUUGUCGGAGCCUGAUGACGCAAGCUCAAGGCCGCUAUUAUGGGGGGCUGUGGAGAAAGAAGGAGGGCUAGUCCAUUGCUCGUUUUCCUGUCGUGCAGUGGGGAAGCCUGACGAUGGUCAGCUAUGUGCGUAAUCUCUUUUGUAACUUCUUAAUAACGGAAACAUAGCUUGUUAUAAAGUUAUAUAGACUCGAAAUCUUUAAAGCCUCUUUAAU